UAUCCUUCUCUUGGCGAAGCGGCCAUUUUACUAUAGUGUAAAGCUAGUUUAUUUUUCUUAUUUGCUCUCUAAAAAUGACUCUAUUUCACUUUGGAAACUGCGUAGCCUUAGCGUACUUUCCUUAUUUUAUUGUCUACAAAUGCUCUGGGCUGUCUGAGUACAGUGCCUUUUGGAGAUGUGUGAAAGCUGGGGCUGCGUAUUUAGUGACUCAACUUUGUAAGAUGUUGGUGUUAGCAACAUUUUUUCCCACUUCAGAUGUUUCUCCAGGCUAUAUGGACUUUAUAGGGGAGUUUCUCAGAUCCACAGUAGACUUAGCUGAUCUUGUUGGCCUUCAUUUAGUCAUGACUAAAAUUGCUGGCAAGGGUGAACUGAAGGUUUUAGUUGCUGGAGUUGGGUGGGCUACAGCAGAGCUUAUCAUGACCCGUCUUGUUCCUCUGUGGGUUGGAGCUAGAGGUGUUGAGUUUGACUGGAAAUACAUACAGAUGAGUUUUGAUGCUAAUGUUAGCCUUGUUCAGCAUAUCUCUACAGCAGCCUUAGUUUGGCUGUGGAGCAGGACUGACCUGCAGAAAUCCUUCUUACCAAUAGUCAUGGUCUUCAUGGCUGUGACUUGCUACCGACCCCUCCUUAUCGAAGUUUUGAGCCAUGUCUUGGGUAUUCAGUCUUGGAGCUUGCUGCUGUUAAAAACCACCAUUACUUCCUGCAUUGGACUAGUUGCUCUUCAGCUGUAUCUGACAUUAACCACUGGCAAACAGGCCAGGACUUAAGGAAGAGACCUUGCGCUUGUUAUUUAUGCAACUUUGAAUUGUCAGAAAAGCAGUUUAGGAACAAUAUUGUAACAUCAAUCUAUGAAGCCUAUGGUUAUCAUACUGAAAAGGCUGGCUUGAAUUUUCAACAGUUGUUCGGAAGUGAAAGCUUCUUGUUUAUGGCCAAACUCCUUGAAAAGCAAUUGCACUUUUCGAUACUGUAAGGUGUAGGUCUUGAAAUGUCGUUGAAAUUUAAAUUAAAGUCCUUGAAUAAAAUCAAUAUCUGUGAAUUGCAUACAUAAUCCUCAUAAGAUAUUGGCAGUGAAAGGUCAGUUCAUUCUACAUGUACAGUGCUUUCAAUACGAUUUGCAGUAGGGGACUACUCUGAUACAGUACCCAUCAGAGAGCAAUACUAAAGGUGCACAACAACUUCCUCUAGGGUGCCAAUUUUAUAUGUAACUGUUCAUAUUAUAACUGGCAAUUCACAAUAGAAUAUCCAUUGUACCUCUAGCUGGUACCUAUUUAUACACCUGGGUAGAGAGAGGCACUGUGAGAGUGAAGUUUUUUUGCCCAAGAACUCAAUGUUAUGACCCUGGCCAAGGCUUAAUCCAAAGUGUGCCACCAUGUCCUCUAAAUAUGUAGCUGCAAUGUCAUCCCAUACAUGUAGGCACAUGACUCCUCUCGCCCGAGACUCAGUCAUGGAGAAAAUGUGUUUGAUUCAUUGCCCCACUUCCAAGUUUUUGGUGUUCCCAAGUCAAAUAUGCUUCAUAUAGUAUUACAUGUUCAAGUCCAGAGUUCCAGAUAAUUUUUCAACGCAGUUUGUCGAUGAGGAAUUCCAACAGAUAAAUUCCCACUGUUCUCACCAAAUCAAUAUAAAUUUUCGAUUAAUUUGCUGGGUCAUGCAACUGACCUCAUCAGGUCUUUGACCUGAGACCUUUCACUUCUCUGGAACAGAGCAAGUCACCCUCGUAAUCACCUCUUUUAUCCAUAUGGUCCCUUGAUGUUCGUGUAUAUACAGACAAACACUUGUCUGACCCUAAGAGAAAAGUCCAGCUGCCUUCAUCUGGUGCUAAAGUUUAAACGAAAAUCAGCAAACAACAAUCAUGAAACUGCUACAUGUACAUUUAUGAACAAUGAACACUGAACAUUAGCAUUCCCAAUUUGUGAUUUGUGUAUCUUUCUCUAACAAGGAAGAAUGAAAAAUCAUUUGGCAACUAAGAGGAUGGUUUAAUUUUAACUAAGUUUGGCUGCCCAUAAGUGCCAUGGAAUAAGUACAUUUAGCAACAAAUUAUGGAAGCAGGCUGACGUUGUCGUUGACAAUGUUGCAUGUAAUAAUUUUUCUAGGACUGACACAGACACAGAAAUUCAGUUAACUCUCCAUGCCAUGUUUGCCUAUGACUGUCAGAUCUUUCGCUUUCUAAAGAGCUGCAGUUGCUGAAUUCAUAUUAGAGGUGGAAAACUGUCUUGGACUGAAAACUUGUCUUCAAAUGGAAAACUUGUGUGGCAUGAAUCCAGUAAAGGAUGGGUUUCCCUUUUUUCAACGAGAAAACAGGACGGAAAACUCAUCUUAGACAGAAGACUCACUUAAAUUCAUACUUGGCAUGAAAAUCAUGACAAGUUUCAGUCGUGAUUUUAAGGUGGGUUACCCUCAUUAAAUUCAUAUUAGACUGUAUCCUGUCAAAAGGAAUUCCAUCCGUGACUAGUUUCUCUAGUUUAAAAUAUCAAUACGGCUAGUGAUGCACACACUUGGGAAUAUUUAACAGGAAAAGUAAAGUACUUUAAUAAGACCCAGCCUGUGGUUUGCACUAACAUUAACUUUCACAUUUUCACAAUUCACAAGUUUGCAGAUGUCAAACUACAUGUAUGUUAACAUAAAAAUACACCCACCAAUUUCCAUGGCUAUGAAUUGUAUACCAUAUAGGGGUUGUUGUAAGAACUUCACUGAUGCAACUCCCACAUGUAAUUAUAACCUGAAUAGAGCAGUUUUCAUUUGAGUGUCAAAAGGUAAUUGGUUUUGUAUCACCAUGUUACACGAUUGGCUUAAGAAAUGUAUGCCAUUUUUUCAUCCAAUCGUGCAUAUUUCUGGUGCUUUGUGUCACCUACAUGUAAUUAUUUUGAGUUUUGAUUGGUUCACUGGAUUUUCUGUGUCCUUUGUGAUUUGGCUAGAGUGAUUACUUUGGUUCUGGUUUCAAAACACUCAAUUGAAAACCACUCUAAUACAUAUAUUUCAUAAUACAUCAACAAUACAUCAGCAUUGUUUGAAAUAUAGAUUUAUUCCAAGAAAUGAGAGUGAUAUAAAAAAAGCCCCAUUUUCUUACAACUAGUAACACACUGCAAGUCACAAUCCAAUUUUUUUCCUGUAAUGUUUUGAGCCCAACAAAUUCGUCUAAUCCGUCAUAAGUCAAAUGUAAAUCCAAAUAUAGUCCUUUUGAUCAAAGGCUUGCUCCUGUCGUUAAGAAGAUCACGUGGUCCUUCUUCAUUUGGUGACAAAGUCAAACUUGGGAAAUUCCUCCAGAUUUCCUUCUCCAAACCGCUUUUGUAUCUGCUGCUUUUCCACCUCGACUCUAGCCUUCUUCUCGGGCGUAAAAUCGACUAAUUCUCCACCUGAGGCUUGGCUUUUCUUCUUGUACUCUUGCAAUUUCUCCACGAAUAAUUUCUGUAUGGGGUCAGAGGUCUUGUCUUUCGCUAAAACAGCUGCCAUACCGAUGCUUCUUCUACAAGUGGCCAUGAAUGAACCGGUUGUCGGCGAAACAAGACGUGAAAAACGAAAAA